AUUCCUUCAGUCACUCGUGCUGCCACAAACGGCAACCGAUCGAACUACUCGUUAAUCUACAAAAUAUUUUGGUUACACGACAAUAGUCCAAAAAUCAAGUCCUGUCGACACCUCUAAGGAUUUUUUAAAUAGGAAUUAUCCUACCGUACGUGUGGUUGUGAGCGCUCGCCAGUCCUGCUGAUAAGCGGACCAGGCGGCGCCGGGGCAAUGGUUUUAUACUUAAAGAUGAGAGCAUCAUCUUCAAUCAUCAUCUCUACAAAUAUAGUGGACAAGUGAAGAGAGAUAGAGAGAGAGAGAGAAAUAGAGAAAGAGAGAUCCAUUUUGUUUAUUUAUUUAUUUAUAUUCAUAUAAAUAUAUAUAUAUAUAUUUUUCAAGUUUUUUCCAUUAACUUGUGAUUCAAGCCUUAUAUAUCGAGGACCUAUACCCCCGUCCAAGGUUUAUAUAAAAGUGUGGCAUGAAGUGUUUUGGUCUAAAGUGGUCCCCGAAGACGGACCGUCCUACUACACUUGGCAUUUGGAUCAUCUUAACUCUAUUACUGUAUACCUGCACGUUAGGAGAUGGAGAUAGAUUAUACGACCAAAAUGCUUCAUUGUUAGACACAUCUGAUUCGAAUAAAGGUCAUCAACUACUUUCGUAUAGAAACCAACGGUCUGCCAGUGGUCUAAGUGACUUACUGAUGAACCUCCAUUUGGAACAGCCGUCGUUUGAUCCUACUGUUGCAAAAAAUGUAACGACACAGUUAGGUCAAACAGUGUACCUCCAUUGUAUCGUUCACAACCUUGGUGACAAAACGGUGUCAUGGAUCAGAAGAAGAGAUUUCCAUGUGUUAACAGUUGGACUGGUUACAUAUACAUCAGAUGAUCGCUUCCAGGCUGUUCAUAUGGAACGUUCAGACGAUUGGAUUCUAAAGCUGCAGUUGGCACAGUUAUCGGAUGCUGGUCUAUACGAAUGUCAAGUGAACACGCAUCCUCUCAUUAGUUUGUUUGUGUUUCUCACUGUUGUAGUUCCUAAAGCUUCUAUCCGCGAAUCACCAGAUCUGUACGUCAAAACAGGUAGUUCUAUCAACUUGACUUGUCUGAUAAACCAAAGUCCAGAACCUCCUGCUUUCGUCUUUUGGUAUCACAACGACAGAAUGAUUAACUAUGACUCUACACGGGGGGAGAUUAACCUACAAAAGGCAGGAGAAGAUACAGCUAUAAGUCGUCUAUAUAUCACCAAUGCUCAACCUAUUGACUCAGGAAACUAUACCUGUGGUCCUUCGAAUGCUGAUGCUACGAGCAUCAGUGUACAUGUUCUCAAUGGUGAGAAGAGAGCUGCGAUACAGCACGAUUUAAACACUUCUCCAUCAAUAUGUAGUAGAUUCACUAGCAAUAUUUGGAUUGUUAUAAACACAUUCCUGGUGUUAGGACUAUAUCAAAGGUCCUGACAAUCCAAGUUAUUGUGAAAACCUAGGUGCCUAUACUUGGCUUUUAUAUUCCGUCCAAACAAGUGCCAAAAAAUUAUUACAGGUUAUGAAGUCUUUGUAGAAGAAACAAUUAUGAUAAUGAUUUAUUGUAGCAAAACGGAUAAUGAGACUUUAUAGAAAAACGACUGCUAUUCUACUGUCUUUGUAUAGCGUUACGGACAGAAACAAGAAAAAGAACAUUCCAAUUUAAUAUACUCAUGAGCAUGAAAGAAAAAAAAAAUUCAUUCAAUAGGAAAAAAACAGUGAUGUGAAAAACCAGAACUGAAAUAAUAAAAAACAUUGGAUCUCAUGUAUUUAGAAUCGUUAAUAUCUUAUCAAGAAUUCAUCAAGAUUUCUGCUACUUUACAGGAUAACUAUGAGUAACUUAUUCAAGUUACAUAUUUGUUUAAAAAAAAUUACUUAAGGAAAAUCAAGAAAAAUCACAACUGUAUCCAAUAGUAAAUCAUAAUUAUAAAUAAUAAUAAUAAUAAUAACACUGAAGAGAACUUAUCUUCAGUACUUGUGAUGUGUUGUGUGCAAAAUAUCAAUAGAAAAUUACAUCAUCAAAUGUGUAAAAAGCAUCUAAGACU